CGCCUGGGCCAGUACAACAUAGUAAGGACGCUAGGGGAGGGCUCUUUCGGCAAGGUGAAGCUCGCAGUCCAUACCUCCACCGGCCAACAGGUCGCGCUCAAGAUCAUCUCGCGACGCAAGCUCAUUACUAGGGACAUGGCGGGUCGCAUUGAGCGAGAAAUAUCAUAUCUGCAGCUAUUACGGCAUCCACAUAUUAUCAAGCUGUAUACCGUUAUUACCCUGCCCAAUGAGAUCAUCAUGGUGCUGGAGUACGCCGGUGGAGAGCUGUUCGACUAUAUCGUGCAAAACGGCAAGAUGGCGGAGGACAAGGCGCGCAAGUUCUUCCAGCAAAUCAUCUGUGCCGUGGAGUACUGUCACCGACACAAGAUCGUGCACCGUGAUCUCAAGCCAGAGAAUUUGCUACUCGACGAACACCUCAACGUGAAGAUUGCCGACUUCGGUCUCAGCAACAUCAUGACCGACGGAAACUUCCUUAAAACCAGCUGCGGCAGUCCGAAUUACGCUGCGCCUGAAGUUAUCAGCGGAAAGCUAUAUGCGGGUCCGGAGGUCGAUGUCUGGUCUUGCGGUGUCAUUUUGUACGUGCUGCUCGUCGGCCGCCUACCCUUCGACGAUGAAUACAUUCCAGCACUGUUCAAGAAGAUCGCGCAAGGCAACUACAUGGUGCCCAACUACCUCUCUUCGGGAGCCGUGCGGCUUAUCAAGAGGAUGCUGCAGGUCAACCCCGUCAACCGCAUCACUGUGCCAGAGAUCCGGCAGGAUCCGUGGUUCAUGAAAGAUCUGGCGGAGUAUCUGCAGCCGCCUGUGGAAGACUUCAUCGAUACGGGUGUCGAUCCUAACCGGGCCAUUGAUCCGUAUGCGUUGAGUAAGACUAAGCCGAAGCCGAUACAGGAGAAGCUGCACAACGCAGUCGUGGACAAGCUUGGCAAGACGAUGGGCUACGCAAGGGUAGAUGUGCGAGAUGCGCUAGCGAAAGACGAGCCGAGUGCCAUCAAAGACGCCUACCUGAUCGUGCGGGAGAACACAUUAAUGAAGAACAAUCCCUUGAUGGAAAAGGACCAGCCCAUCGCAGGCGCGAUGGAACCUCCUUUGCGACCGCCAUCCUACGAAACGAAAGACGGUCGCUCGCCCGCCUCUACUGUCGCCAUACUUCCGUCCAGUCUUCCGGGUUUCCACGAAGCGUACAUGCGCGGCUCUCUCACCAAAGCGACUUCGCCAACCCAACCGCACCCGGACGAACUCUACGAGCCGGGCCAGCCGCGUACGAAGGAAGAACAAGAAGCUACUGCAAGAAGGCUAAAGCCUCAUAGCAAGAGCUCCGUGAAUCUGCACCAUCGUCACGAGCACGUGGAGAAGCCGGAGCCAAUGACCGCUUUACCCGAGAGAAGUGCGAAGAAGGUGAAGCAGACGAAAUGGCAGUUUGGCAUUCGCAGUCGGAAUACGCCCGCUGAGGCCAUGUUGGCUAUCUACAAGGCACUGAGGAAGAUGGGCGCAGUGUGGGAAGUCUCGAGAGCGCGUGAGCCGGGCGCGGGGAGCGGUGAAGGCAGCCCUGAGCGGAGAGAACGUGGUGGUGAUGGAGAGGAGAGCCCGGAGUACAGCGAUUCCGACCCCGAGGCCGGCACGGACCCGGAAUACGCCACGCACGAGGAGCAAGAGCGGCGACGGCGUAACCGCGCAGCUGGGUCUCGCAGAGGGCGGGAGCGGUAUGGACGCUGGAACGAUUUCGGCUAUACCCUGCCCGAGGACCCAUGGGUGAUUCAAGCGCGGUUUAAGAAGGAUGGUAUGUUCCCGCCCGGCGUCGCGCAUCCUUCUUCCACACAUAGCUCGCGCGUCGACCUGACCUCGGCGGGUUCGGGCGCGGUGGAGGGGUUGAGGAGACGCAGUGCCACGACGUCGAGUCACGAGAACCAGAGUCGGCCCGGCAGCGCGAUGGCGAAUUCGGGGAUUGGCAUGGAGAAUUUUGCGGCCACUGGUCCCGCUUCAAAACCCGUGGAAGACUGGCCCGCGCCCAAUGAAAGCCUGUGGGUUUAUGUCACCAUCCAAUUGUACAACAUCGAGAAGGACUUCUACUUGGUCGACUUCAAGUGCGCCGGUUACGAACGGCUGGUGCGCCGGUUUGCGAGGAAGGUUAGUGGGGAGAUGAGUGGGAGUCACGGGAGUCACGAGGCGGAUGUGGCGAGGGUGGGUGGCGAGAGGGAGGGUGCGGAGGAAGAGGAGGAGGAUGAUUUUGAGGAGGGCGAUGAUGGCGAGCAGCUCGUGGGUGCGGGUAGGAGUACGGAGGAAAAGGAGAUAAGCAGUCCCUUCCCAUUUCUGGAUGUCAGUUCGAGGCUUAUUAUUCAAUUGGCGGCGGAGGCGGAUUGA